CCGCACAUCUAGUAUUUCUCAGUCGUUCAACGCAUUAAACGUCAAUAUGUCGCUUAAAGUUUUAAUAUUCCUCGCCGUACUAACUCUAGUCCAUUGCAAAAGCGUGUUAGUCGGCCAAGUAUACGAUAAUGGUGGUGUGGUCAAAGUUUACGAUAAAACAGUGGAAGCUUCAGCGAUUCCGUUGAUAAAAAGAGAGGAGGAAGUGUAUUUCGAGUACCCCACAAGGGAUAGAAAGAUAAAGGGUGUGGCGAUCAAAGAUUUGGACAAUGGGUUGGCUGAGCCGUCGAUAAACAGAGGAGGUCUCGGAUUCGAUUUCGUGAAUAUAAAACUGAAGAGCGAAAGGGGUUCGGGCUAUAGGUUCCUGAUUGAAAUUUACGCGUGAUUGUGUUUCUGUGUUGAGUAUCUAAUGUAAUAAUUAAAAUUUUUAACUAUA